AUGCCCGAGAUUUCGAUUCGCAAGCGACCUCGGACGGAGGCGGUGGUCACUCAACGGAAGUUCUUCAAGAAAACUGCGAGGGGGAAGGUCGUAAAGGUCCUCCGGGAGCGGUACCUGCGUGACGAUGUUGCAUGCGGCAUGCACAGUUGCACCCUCUGCGCGAGCAGUCGGGACGCAGUCCUGCCUUCUUCCGGCUCUUUGAGUCACCCUUCGUUCCCCAGUGGGCACUUCGUGCUGCCCGACACGAACAUAUUUCUGUCUCAGAUGGACUUAAUGGAAUCCCCUAAGUUCAAUCCACCUACCAUAAUACUCCAAACCGUCAUGGAAGAAGUCAGGCACCGCUCCCUACCGCUCUACAACCGUUUGAAAGCGCUGGUAAAAGCCGACGACAAGAAUAUCUGGGUCUUCUACAAUGAAUACCGCUCGGAAACCGCUGUGAUUCGUGAAGAAGGCGAGUCCCCGAAUGAUCGUAAUGACAGAGGGAUUCGCAAGGCGACUUCGUGGUAUAAUUGUCAUUUGUCUCUGGCACGACCGCCCGUUCGGGGUCAAUCAAGGCCGCCUCUGCCGGUUGUAGUCCUCAUGAGCGAUGACGUCGCCAAUUGCCAGAAAGCUGAGAAGGAAGGUCUCUCCUGCAUAUCUGUCCGCAAAUACGUUGAGGGUCUCAAAGACUCUAAUGAAUUACUCGACCUCCUUGCAGCCGCAGGUUCAGAUAACCUGGACCCUACUCCGGCGGCGGCAGCCCGCCAAGCACUCUAUCCAGAUUACCUGCCGACGACGACCCUCUUGGCAGGUGUGAAAUCAGGCCGGCUGCACCAAGGCCACUUCAACGCCAAUCAGUUCAACUAUCUCGAGGGAAGCGUGCCUGUUCCCGGCUUCGAAAAACCCGUGCUUCUCGUCGGCAGGGAGCACAUGAACCGUGCUGUUCAAGGGGACGUCGUCGCGGUCGAGGUUUUCGACGAGAAGGACUGGAAAGCGCCAGCGGAUGAGGUUGUAGACCAAGAAGCUACUCUGAAGAACGAUGACGCGGACGAUUCAGAAGAGGAGACAGACGACGACGAGGCCUUAGCCGAGCAGAAAAUGCUGCGCGCUGAAGCUGUUAAGCGGGCGGAGUCGAGCAAACAACCCACUGGGCGCGUCGUUGGCAUCAUCAAGCGAAAUUGGCGAUCAUAUGUGUGUCACAUCGAUAGCACAUCUCUGACCUCGACAAAUCCUACCUCUCUGUCUCAGCAAACCGUCUUCGCGACGCCGGUCUCCCGACUACUUCCGCGCAUCCGGCUACGAACUCGCCAGGCUCCGGCGCUUGUUGGGCAGAAGAUCCUGGUCACAAUCGAUCGAUGGGAACGAACGUCUCGCUACCCGGAGGGGCACUUCAUCCGUGCCCUCGGAAAGGUCCAGAGUAAGGAAGCGGAGCAGGAGUCGCUUCUCCUGGAAUUCGAUGUACCCUACAGGCCGUUCGGCAAGGCGAUUCUUGACUGUCUCCCCGUGGAGGGUGACAAGUGGAUCGUGCCCCCGAAAAAUCCGGUCGACCCAAAUUGGAAGGACAGAGAAGAUUUACGGGAUCUCAUCAUCUGUUCAAUCGACCCCCCUGGUUGCCAAGAUAUUGACGACGCCCUCCACGCGCGCCGUCUCCCAAAUGGGAACAUCGAGGCCGGCGUCCACAUCGCCGAUGUGUCGCAUUUUGUUCAUCCUGACACUCCUAUGGACAGCGAGGCCGCGGCUCGUGGGACGACGGUUUACCUGGUAGACAAGAGGAUCGACAUGCUACCCGCUCUCCUCGGGACUAACCUCUGUUCCCUGCGUCCUCACGUGGAACGUCUGGCAUUCUCCGUCAUUUGGGAACUAUCUCCCGAGGCGGACAUCGUCAACGUGCGUUUUACAAAAUCAGUGAUUGCCUCCAAGUCGGCUUUUACGUACGAAGAGGCGCAAAUUCGCAAGGACGACCCGGGCCUUUCAGAUGAACUUACAGAGAGCAUUCGGUUGCUGAACGAUCUUGCCCGGAAACUGAGGGAGAGGAGAAUGGCGGCGGGCGCACUCAAUCUGGCUUCCCCUGAAGUCAAAAUCCAACUCGACAGCUCUGAGUCAUCGGACCCCGUCGACGUGGAGCAGAAGGAGCUUCGUGAGACCAACAGCCUGGUGGAGGAAUUCAUGCUCCUCGCCAAUAUCAGCGUUGCGCGAAAGAUCCAGGAGACGUUCCCACAAACCGCGGUCCUCAGGCGACACCUGCCACCCCCUAGAACAAAUUUCGAAAAGUUACAGGACAUCCUGGGGAGGCGGAAGGGGAUGACACUUGACGUUUCCAGCUCAGGCGCGCUCGCUGCAUCUCUCGACAAGUGUGUUGACCCCAACGAGCCUGCAUUCAAUACGCUAGUUCGCAUCAUGGCCACCCGGUGCAUGUUGUCGGCGGAGUACUUCUGCUCCGGCAGUGUGGCUCGGGACACUUUCGGCCAUUAUGGUUUAGCAAGCCCCAUCUACACCCACUUCACGAGCCCGAUCAGACGUUACGCAGACGUCCUCGCUCACCGUCAGCUCGCGGCGGCAAUAGGCUACGCUCCCCUCCACGCCAGCCUUCAUUCCAAAUCCCACGUGGAACGGGUGCUCGAAAUCGUCAAUAAGCGCCAUCGUAUGGCCCAGAUGGCGAGCAGAGCGAGCGUCGAGUUCUACGUCGGCCUUGCUCUCAAAGCCCGCAGUUCAAAAGAAACGGUAAUCGAGGAUGCAUACGUGAUUCGAGCAUUCAGAAACGGUCUCGGCGUCUUCGUUUCCAGAUUGGGAAUCGAAGGGCUCGUGACCUUCAAGCACGAGAUCCAGUUUGAUGCCGAUAAUUACACGAUCACAGUUCCCGCCAGGGGUCAGGAGAUCACGAUAUCAGUGUUUGACAAGGUGAAGGUCGUAAUCGAGGUCGAGCAAGACAAGAACACACAGCGGGGGCGGGUCGUCAUGGCUCUAUCGCAGCCCAUCGAUUCGCGCAGCUUGUGA